AUGAGCACCCUCGUUCACAACACCGUCGAACGCCUGGACCGGCCGAGUGCCUACUAUCUGGGCAAGAACAAGCGUCGCAAGUUCAGCCAUGAUGAGGGCGAGAAACCCGAAGAUCCCACCGACAACCUCAAGGAUGCCACCACUCUCUACGUUGGCAAUCUUUCUUUCUACACCACCGAAGAGCAGAUCCAUGAGCUAUUUGCCAAGUGCGGCGAGAUUAAGCGGCUAGUUAUGGGUCUUGAUCGGUACAACAAGACCCCUUGCGGAUUUUGCUUCGUCGAGUAUUACACCCACCAGGAUGCGCUGGACUGUCUGAAAUACAUUGGUGGCACAAAGCUGGACGAGAGAAUCAUCCGAACGGAUCUGGAUCCUGGCUUCGAGGAGGGUCGGCAAUACGGACGUGGUAAAUCGGGUGGUCAGGUCCGCGAUGAGUACCGGGAGGAAUACGAUCCUGGUCGCGGUGGCUAUGGACGUGCCUAUGCGGAUGACCAGCGACGACGGGAGGAAGAGGAGUAUGGUAAGGGUAAGUAA